AGCCUAUUUUUCAUCCAUCGGUCAACUGAUCACGUGAGCAAAUAUCACCGCGCGGGGAAGUUGCAUUGAGCUGAAAGUUAAUGUAAAAAGACCAAGUUGAAUCCGCAAUUUUUUCGAUUUUUUGUAGCCAAAAAGCAGAAUAACGAGAUGGGGGUGGACUCUGGUGUUACCCCUGCGUCUCCCAAUUUGCCUUGGGUGGAAAAGUACAGGCCACAACGUUUGGAAGAUUUAAUUUCUCAUGAAGACAUUCUAAAAACAAUCGGGAAAUUCAUGGAUGAAAAUCGUUUGCCUCAUCUUUUGUUUUAUGGUCCUCCAGGAACCGGAAAAACAUCUACAAUUUUGGCAUGUGCCAAGCAGCUUUAUUCGAAAAAGGAAUUUAAUUCAAUGGUGCUGGAAUUGAAUGCAUCUGACGAUAGAGGAAUUGGAGUAGUGAGGGAAAAGGUUCUCAGUUUUGCUAGUACAAGAACCAUAUUCAACAAGGGAUUCAAACUGAUUAUUCUCGAUGAAGCUGAUGCAAUGACGAAAGAUGCACAAAAUGCAUUAAGAAGAGUCAUGGAAAAGUUCACUGCCAACACUCGAUUCUGUCUCAUUUGCAACUAUCUGACCAAGAUAAUUCCUGCAUUGCAAUCCAGAUGUACAAGAUUUCGUUUUGGACCGCUAACUACUGAUCAGAUGGUACCUCGAGUACAACAUGUUGCCGAUGCUGAAAACCUUGAUAUCACCGAAGAUGGCAUGAAGGCACUUUUAGCAUUGUCAUUUGGUGAUAUGAGGCGGGCCUUAAACAUUCUACAAAGUACUUCAAUGGCCCAUGAUAUUGUUUCGGAAGACACCAUUUAUACAUGUACAGGGCAACCGAAGCGCAGCGACAUCGAAGAUAUGCUGGAAUGGAUGCUGAAUAAAGAAUUUUCAGUUGCAUAUCGGAAUUUAUCGGUUCUUAAAAAAGAAAAGGGAAUAGCGUUACAAGAUAUUUUAACAGAAAUGCAUAGUUUUGUGCAUCGGAUAGAUUUUCCUACAAAUGUGAAAAUCCAUAUUUUGGACAAGAUGGCAGACAUUGAAUACAGGUUGGCUGCAGGGGCAAGUGAAAAAAUACAAACAACGGCUCUCUUAGCAACAUUCCAACAGGCUAAAAAUAUGACUGCAAAAGAAGUGAACUAAAUAUCGAACUCAUUCAAAGCUCUUUCCUGUUCCCCAUGCUGAAAUGAUGAUUCUGCAAUUUCGCCAUCCUCGCAAGGUAAAAAUUAUUUGAAGAGGAGAAACUAGUAAUAGUGUGCAGAAGCAACUCGAGGUCUUAAAUCAUUUCUGCCUUGCAUACACUUGUACACAAUUACAAGUUAUUUGUUAUCGCA